AUGGAUGCUUACUUUUAUAUUGCCCUCUACUCUCUCUCUUUCUAUAAUUAUUCCCAUUUAUAUGUUUCUGAGUCUCUCCUAUAAGAGAAACUAAUUACUAAAGCUUACUUUUGGGAAAUUGUUAAAAUUCUUUAGAAAGGAUUCAUAAUUGUUUUCUUGACCUUUUAUGAAGAUUUAAUCAUUAUCAAAGCCGCAUUAAUUUUUAUUAUUACCUUUGUAUAUUCAAUUUUCACUAAGAAAUUUAAACCUUACAAACUAUCUUAUCUAAAUUUUAUCGAUGAGAUCAGUACUCUUGUAUGUGAAACUUCUAUUGUACUUGGAAUGAUUAUAUAUUCAGCUUCAAAUUCUGAUAACCAAGAAAUUAUAUGGCCUUUCUAUAUUAUUUUGAUAUUUAUUAACAUUGUUUUCAUUACUGUUAUUCUUUGGGAAAUUAUUCUUGCCUAAAUAGAAGAUUAAUAAGAAAAUAUUGAUAAAAUCAGAGAUAAAAUUAAUAAAAAACUACCUCAUUUAUAAACAAAAAACUGGUUGUUUCGUAGAUUACUCACAAACAGAGGAGAAUAAUAAAAAAGAGUAAGAUAAAGAUUUUUUAAAAUCAGAGAAUAUCUCAUGUAAAAAGUUAGGGCUAAUCCUUGGUCAAUAUAAAAUAUCAAUUGUUGAUUAAUUUGAUAUUUAAUCACUAUAAAAAAUUGAAGAUUUAAAUGUAAACAAUUUUAUAUAAUUUUAGGAUAAGCCAUCAGAAUCUGACAAAAAAGAUACUUAAAAUAAUAUUGAAUACAUAAGCAAAUCUAAGGUCUAUCCAGAAUUUAUAACUAUUAAUGAAAUUGAGAAUAACAAUGAAUAGAAUGCCUAAGAUAAAUCCAAAAGUAAUGAUGUUUCAUGA